CCCUCCACCUUGAGCCACACGGAAAGUGUUGUGAGUUGCGGAAAACUGUCUGAAGCAACACGGGGAAAGAUCACUCGCAGAUGAGUGUGAAGCACAUAACAAUUAAGCGAAGAGGACAACAACCUCAACCGCAACGAUGCCAUGCAGAUGCACAUUUAUUUACGUGCCCCUUCUGCACAACUGGCACAUGCAAGCCAAGACAGUACCAUCAAAUAAUGACCCAUAUAGCUGGGCAUAAACUGAGGGCUGUUGAACAUGGAGAUUAUGUUAUAUACAGCUGUAGCAUUGGCAGUUGUGGAAAGGCCAGACAUUUUCACUGCUGCCAGUGUCCCCAGACCUACAUUAAUAAAGCAGCCCUGAAAAGGCAUCUUUGCAACAUUCACCCCAUAACGACUUCCACUCCAGAUCCACAACCAGUAGGUUACCAACCACAAGGACCUCCCGUGCAGCAACCAGCACCUCGUCCACCAGAAUCAUCAGCUCCUCCAGUGGUUAAGAGAAAGCAAAUCUCUGUCCAGUGUCCGCACUGUAGGCUGAGUCUGAAUCGUAAAAAUUUAAAGAUACACAUCGAGCGAAAACAUCAUGAAGCUGCACAUCCUGUAACGUCAAUAUAUCAUGUACCAGCACAGUGUGUUGAUAAAAACAAUGGCAUAUAUAUCAUAGCAAAAACAUUUAUUGGGCCCUGCGUAUUGUCAAUAAAGUGAUCCUUUUGUUUGAG